UCAACGACCACAACUUGUGGCUAUCAAAGGAUGAACCUAUUUCACUCUCUCCAUCUUUGAUCUCACUUUUCUCUCUCUUUCUGCAACCUUCACAAUAAUGGCGACUUCCUUCAAUCUUCCAACUCUUCAAGGCCAUCGUCUUCUUCACAAAUCUCACUUUCUUGGUCACACCCAAUUCACCAAUCUCAAUCUUAAUCACAAAUCAUCAUCUUCUUUCCCAACAUCCAAGCAUCAAAUCAUAAACCCAUCUGCAAAAUUCAAUCUUUUCGAAAUCUUGGGAGGCAGAGGUCUCUGUAAUGGAGAAGAAGGCCUUCAACAGGAACUCAAAAAACCACCACCAGAAAGAUCACCACCACCCACCUCCACCACCGCCGGGGAAGAAAACCCACCAUCACCUCUAGAAAAUGUACCUGAAAAUGCAUUCGAGAAGGAGUUAUUAGGACUAACCGGUGGAUUCCCAGGUGGUGAGAAGGGUCUCAAAGACUUCAUCGAGAAAAACCCACCUCCUAAAAAACCACCACCACCACCACCGUCAACCACCGCAGCUGGAUUCGAUCAGAGCUUGGUCAGCCGGAAAGCGAAAGCCCCAGAAUUGCCGCUGCUGAUGCCGGGAAUGAUUGCGAUUGUGAAGAAUCCAAACAGUCCUUAUCAUAUGUAUUGUGGGAUUGUGCAACGGAUUACUGAUGGAAAAGCUGGAGUGCUGUUUGAAGGUGGGAAUUGGGAUCGAUUGAUUACUUUCCGACUGAAUGAGCUUAAACGCCGGGAGAAGGGACCUCCGAUGGUCAGCCCACGAUCAGUGGUGCUUGAAGAACUGAUAGAAAAGAGUAGCUCUUGAUGGUCGAUUGUAUUUAUGUUUUGAAUUUAUGAAGGAUUAAUGGAACUUUGUAUGUACAAAUAAUCAUGUUUGGAUUCAUAUCAUGUGUAUAUAGAGUUCUUUUCUUCUA